CUGCUGGCUCAUUGCUGUUUCUUGAGUAACUCCCCACAUUUUUCUAAAGACCAAGCCAAGAAGAAAGAUUUUGGAGGAGUGAUGCAGUUAGGAAGAAUUCAAAAUAAACUGGAAAGAUUUCUCGUGUGAAAUAGUGAAAAAAAAAUGGUUCAUCUGAAAGCAUAUAAACCCAAAGCCACUUAAAUACUGUGAAGUGGAUUGAAGAAUGCCUAUACAUUUGUUUUUUUUCUUUUUUUUUAAUUUUACAACCAGUUCUUCGAGUUUUGCAGCCCAAAAUCCCCAUGUCAGAUGCCAGAGAAACAAUCCAGAAUUGUUUUUUUGAAGGAAUCCCUAUUCUGCCCAGAGCUGAGCCUGACCAUGUCCCUGCUUCUCCUGCUUCUCCAUACUUCAGGUACUCCAGUAACUCUGCUCCCAAUCACACUGCCACAAAAUAUUCCCCAUCUAAAAUACCUUUACAGUAUUUAAUUGUGAAUGGGAAGGCUACCUGCAUAUUACAAACCCCUGAGCACACAAAAAGUUCAACAUAUGAGGUAAAAAUUUCAUUUUUUAAACAUUUUUUCUGUGGAUGCUUCAUAUAAUACGUGCAUAUGUCCAUGAACAAUACAACAAAAAGUCCAGGGGAAGUAUUCCUAAACAAACAAGAAUUUAGCAAAAACCUGAAAACUCUCCAAAAUACAUUGUGCAAUGCUUGAUUUUGAUUUCUUGGAUUGCUAUGAAUGAGUCCAGAAAGAGAAAUACCUUUCAUUCACACUGCAAUACUACCCAAAAAAACCCCCAUGCAGAGACCCACUGCAGAACUGGGCAUUUUAUCUCAGAGCACUUGCAGCCUUUCUUUAUGCAGUGUGAAUCUUAAACAGCAAAGAGAAUGGGAAGGUGAGAAAUGCAAGCCAGGUAUUAUUUAUCUCACCCACCUCUGGAAAGCAGCUCUUAAAAAAUAAGUUUUAUACGGUGUAAAUUACUGCACAAACCUUAACACAGUAGAAUCACAUCCAGGCAAUCUCUGGACCUAAUUCCCUCUUUCUCACUUAAUCUGGGCUCUUUGACAAGUAAAUCCACUGCAGCACAAUGAGUUACAUCAGAAAACGGCCCCAGAUGAAAAUCAAGCUGUGUGAAUCAUCUGGGAAUAUUUUGCCCUUCCACAGCUCAUCAAGGAGCUUCACAACCUGAACAUCCAGUGCUCUUAGGCAGGGUAAAAUCCUUUCACACUCCUGAGGCAAUAAAGGGAACCAAACAACACAAACAAGGAGAAUUUAAGCCCUUACCAAGAUUAUGACCCAAAAUUAAUCUAUUAAAAAGAGUUGUGUGAAAAACGCCGUGCCAUCAAUAACAUUUUACACCAGAAGGCCUGGCAGAUGGAAAAGUUCAGAACCAGUUCAAUCAGCAACGUGCCCAUCUCUCAGUUUUAUCUUCCCAGGUAUCAACCUACAUUCAGGAGGGGUUACACUCGUUCAAACACUCACAGUUAAUGAUCAACCCGCUGCUCUGCCUCUCCGAAAAUGAAGAGGGGUAUAAAUAGAUCAAGUUCUGCCACAGAGCACAGGCUCUCGCUGGGAAAAGCCUCUGCAUCCUGAGCAGAGAGAAGCAAGAGCAGGGAACAUGAAGAUCAUCCCAGUUUUACUGCUCCUGGCCCCCCUGGCUCUCCCAGCUGCAGCUGACAAGGAAUUUUUCUCCGUCGGUUCCGCGGGAUCUCCCGAAACGAAAUCGCGAUUUGCGAUGUUGGACGACGUCCGAAUCCUGGCCAAUGGACUCCUCCAGCUGGGGCAUGGCCUCAAAGACUUUGUCCACAAGACCAAGGGGCAGAUGAACGACAUCUUCCAGAAACUCUACAUUUUUGACAGGUCCUUUUACGAGCUCUCCCUGCAAACCAGCGAAAUCAAGGAGGAAGAAGAACAGCUCCGGCAAACCACGGCCAGGCUGCAAAUCAACAACGAGGAGAUAAAGAACCUCUCACAGGAGAUGAACCUGAAGAUUGAAGACCUCAUCCAAAAUAAAAUCCAGCUGCAGGAGCAAGUGUGGGGACUGGAGGACAAGGUCACCAAACUGGCCAUUAGCCAGCCUUCGGUGCAAGAGACAGAAGAAAUUUCUUCACUCAAAGCUUUCGUGGAGCAGCAGGACAACGACAUCAAGCAGCUCCUCAGAAUCGUGGAGGACCAGCACGUGCAGCUGGACAGGCAGCACAACCAGAUCAGGGAGCUGGAGGACAAGCUAAACCACAUCGAGCUCCAGGAACUGCUGGAGAAUUCCUUCCCGGGGGAGCAGCAGGAACCAGAGCCCAUCCCCUCUGCUGUGCACAAGCCCAUGGCUGGGACAUACAGAGCUGAUGGUGCUGCUGCUGACUGCACUGCUCUCUACCACAGCGGGGUGCAGGCCAGUGGGGUCUACACCAUCCAGCCCAACGGCUCAGAAGCUUUCAAUGUCUACUGUGAGAUGAAAUUUGGCACAUCCUGGACUGUAGUCCAGAGGAGAGUGGACGGAUCCCUGGAUUUCAACCAAACCUGGGAUGCCUACGCAAAUGGCUUUGGUGACCUCAAUGAGGAAUUCUGGCUGGGCCUGCAGAAGAUCUACUCCAUCUCCAAGCAGGGGAAUUACCUGCUGCGGAUCGAGCUGCAGGACUGGCGGGGCAACAGGAGGCACAUCGAGUACAGCUUCAGCCUGGGGGGCCCCGGCACCAACUUCACCCUGCGGCUGUCCAGGAUGUCCGGGAGCAUUCCCAACGCGCUCCCGGAGCACGCGGAGCUGCGCUUCUCCACCGCCGACCGCGCCGGGGACAGCGCCGGAGACCCCAGCUGUCCCCAGAGCCACCUCGGAGGCUGGUGGCACAGUGAGUGCGAGGAAACCAACCUGAACGGGAAAUACGUCACCCCAAGGUCCAGGGGAAGGCUGGAGAGAGGAAAAGGCUUGUACUGGAAGCCCAAGAAAGGAAGAUACUACCUGCUCAAGUCAACCAAAAUAAUGAUCCACCCAACAGACCUAAAAAGCCUUGACUGAGUGCUCAGCCUGCUGCAUUUUACCUCAGAACAAACACACUGAGCUUUACCACACCGAAGGACUUGAUGCUGUGUUUGCCAACAGAUGCCACAUCCCAAUCCAUGCCCUGCAUGGAAUUUCUCCAAAACGUAAACCUGAGGCAUCUGAGGUGGUCUUACAAAAUGUUUGGUGAGUAUUGUCAUUCCCUCAAGCCCCAGUGUCAAUGUGCUGCAACUUUUUGUGGAGCUUCUCCUUCUCCAGGAUGAAAUUUUAAUGCCUAGGAGCCAACCUGUCACAUACUGGAUAAUUCUGUCUGGGGGAAUGGGUUUUCAGGCUGUGCUUUCCUUCUGGGUUGUGUAGUAGGGAAACAAAAAGUGUUUUCUGGGAACAAAGGCCUGGCAAAAACCUACUGAAAACAUUUAGGGGAAAAAAAAAGGAAUUUUGUUUCUUGAAGUAACUAAUUGAAUGUUUGGUUGAUGUUUUUGUUGUGGAGUGUUUCAGGAGCUAAUGAAAGAUGGGUAACUGCUUGUUUUAGUGCCCUGGGUAUUUGCAGACAGUAUUUUAGGAGUGGAGCUGAGAGGUGAGGCCAGUCCAUCCUCUCUGGAGCCCUGUGCUCACACAGGGGCAGAGCAGCCCCUCGGGACCCCACACUGCACAGCUCACAGUGAGCAGCCAAACUCCAAACCCUCUGAAAGGGGGAAGAGACCUGCCCUCCUCACCUGCACUGAAUCAGAGCCAAGCCUUGGUGACCUUUCAGUCCAACCAACUGAGGAAUUAAACAAACAACCAGGUGACACACAACAAAACACCUUUCACUUAGGGAACAGCUGCCCCAGGGGUUCAAGGGUGCAACCCACAAACCCAGCAGGCACAACCCAGGGGACAGGGCUGGUCCAGCUCCUGGGGACACUCACAUGUUGAAUUCCAGCUGCAGAACCCUGAGUGACAGCCUUGGAAGUGCUGGCUGACAGAGCCCCCAGUCCUGCAGCUCCCCUGAGUCAUAUUGACUUGUUUAUCUUCCCCAACCCUUGUACAGUGUGGAUUUUUUAUCUCAGCACUUGCAAUCGCACAGGAAACGGUUUUGGUGGUAAUUUGGCAGAGUGAAAGUUUGUGAACAGAAUGUGUUAAUUACAGAAAUGCUGCAAAAAAAAUCCUUUUACUUCUCAUGGGUUUGUAACAGAGAUGAGAUUGUGCAGUGUUGCUUAUUUGUACUGGUUUACUGUAAUGUUAAAUUACCUGUCCAAUAAAAAUAAUAUACAAAUAAAUAUAAAGGCUGUGACUUUUCAAAGUACAGGAUAUGGAACCUGACUAAACCCUUCUUGUGAGCUUUGACUUAUAAAAACCUGGUUUGUACCUA